CGAACGGUAACUUUGAAAAGAGGUUUGUCAAGAGAGCGCAGACGUUGCGAGUCGAUAUCAAGAGAGAAAGUAUCUUUUAACUUUCCGGACUGUGAAAGCGGGAGGGGACAUGGUGCUGCACACGGAGCACCGCGAGACAGAGAGCAGCGUGUCGCGAGAGACCACAGACACGGAGGAAAACGAACUGAUGGCGUGCAGCCCGGUGCCACCGAAACCGGACUGGUGCAAAACAGCUACCGGUCACAUUAAGCGACCCAUGAAUGCAUUUAUGGUGUGGUCAAAGAUCGAGAGGAGAAAAAUCAUGGAACAGUCUCCGGACAUGCACAAUGCUGAGAUUUCCAAAAGACUGGGAAAGCGUUGGAAAAUGCUAAAGGACAGCGAAAAGAUUCCCUUUAUCCGGGAAGCCGAACGGCUUCGGCUUCAACACAUGGCUGACUACCCCGACUACAAAUACAGACCCAAGAAAAAGCCGAAGCUGGACGGUUCUUCAAAACCAGCGCUACAUUCGCCGGAGAAGGUCAGCAAAAGUGUCAAAGCGGCAGGAAAGAAGUGCACGAAACUCAAGCCCAGCAAACCGAGCAACAUCACCGCGAGAUCUACGCAAGACAGCAGAUUUAACUACGUUUUCACUAGUUUAAAAGUGAGCAAGUCUAUCAAACGGGAACUUACCGAUGAUGAAGACGACGACGACGACGACGAUGAGGAGGACGACUACGAUGACGAUUUCCCCUCUCGGAUUAAAGUCGAGGAGGAAGAGGAGCCCAUCAGGCUGCAUAAAGUCCCGGCGAGCCCCACGCUGAGCUCCGCUGCAGAUUCGGAAGGCGCGAGCAUGUACGAGGAGUCCAGGCACACGAGCGGCAGCAGACUGUUUUACAACUUCAAGAACAUUACCAAGCAGAGCGCAGCGUAUCCUGCCUCCGUAUCACCAGCGUCUUCUUUCAGGUCCGUUUCUUCUUCAUCCAGCAGCUCCAGCGAGGACUCCGACGACUUGUUGGUGGACUUCAGUUUGAAUUUAGCGGCUGGCUCCCAUGGAGCAGACUUGGGAAACACUUCAGGAAAUCUUUGCCUGUCUCUGGUGGAUAAAGACUUGGACUCGUUCAGCGAGGGCAGCCUCGGCUCCCACUUUGAGUUCCCGGACUAUUGCACCCCUGAGCUCAGUGAAAUGAUCGCGGGAGACUGGCUGGAGGCGAACUUUUCAGAUUUGGUUUUCACUUACUAACUGAAACUCUCGCAGUGCUCCAAGGGGGCGAAGCGCAUCUUCAGGUUAUUCUUUGACUUUGCCUCUGUGAUUGUUGCGGUAGGGGUUAACACAGCGGAACGUACGUUAUGACACUGGGUAACGUAGUGAAAAGGUUACAUGUCAACUUUGACAGGGUUGUGUGUGUGGUUGUUCUGUAGGACUGCAGUGAAACUGCUUAAACAUGGAGCGCAAAAUGUAAUAUCUGAACUAUGCAUUCCCAUGCACCCAUAUCUCUACAGGGAGUUGGCAAACGGCUGCUGGACCGAAUGGAGGCGACUCAGAAACACUGUUCAGGAUGUAACUUUUUCCUGUGGUCUUAUGUAAUUUCUGUAUGCCACAAAUGUUUCUUUUUUGUAACAGUUCCGUUUCCCUGCAAAUAUGGGGGUAUUUAAGCAGAUAACCGCUCUAGAACACACAGGUAUGGCAGGAAGCAUUUUGAUACAUAACCAACAUACCUCAUCUUUUUAAAAAAAGAAGUAAACUAUUUUCUGGCAUAUUUUUGUACAGUUAAAGGGAAUAUUCUUACUGUGCUUUAAGUGAGGUUUCUUCAGGCACUUCAACCCGGUUUCAUUUGUAAAGCAUGCAAGAUUAAACUGAGAACUUGCAUUUAAAUGCCUGGUUAUUAUUUUACGCCAGGCAAAUGUACAGCUGUAGAUCUGAAGCAUUUCUAUAGAGAAGUGUACAGUGGAAUUUGGGGGAACACAGACCUCAUUUCUGGUACUAGAAUGAAGAUUGUAUAUGUUCUGUAAUAUAGUAAAGCUAGGAGUUUAUGUAUAUCUGUGUGAAUGGGUCCCAAAUAGCAGGUGUAAAACUGGAUUUUGUUUGCUUUUUUUUAUCAUAAUGGCACAUUUGUUUUUUUAUUAUUUUGUGCAAUAUACUCUCAAAAUGGACCAUCUGCGUUUUGUAGCAAAGGAAAUGAGUUACAUGUCGUCAUGCUGAAGUCUGUAUCUGACACAAAUAAAUCAGCUGGAACUGA